CAGCCCCUGCCCGCUCGGGGGCCGCCGGCACCUCCUCCUCUCCGCCCGGCGGGUACCCUGCGUGGGGCCCUGAUCCGGCCGCGCACUUCCCGCAGGCGCUGCAGAGCAGCGAGGUUCCAGGUGGCCACAGUCUGCGCUGUCUUCGCGGGGGCCGUGCCAUGAAGGUCGAGUUUGCGCCGCUCAACAUCCCGCUGGCGCGGCGGCUGCAGACGGCGGCCGUGUUUCAGUGGGUCCUGUCCUUCCUGCUACUCGCGGAGGUGUGCAUUGGGAUCCUUCUGCUCCUGAUCAUCUACAACUACUGGUUCCUCUACGUUCCAUAUUUGACGUGGCUUUACUUUGACUGGCGCACCCCAGAGCAAGGAGGCAGGAGAUCAAACUGGGUCAGGAACUGGACUGUUUGGAAGUACUUUAAAGACUAUUUUCCAAUUCAUCUCAUCAAAACUACGGAUUUGGAUCCAAAUCACAACUACAUAUUUGGGUUUCACCCCCAUGGAGUGCUUGUGGCUGGAGCCUUUGGAAAUUUUUGUACAAACUAUUCAGACUUCAAGGAGCUGUUUCCUGGCUUUACUGCAUACCUUCACGUGCUUCCGAUUUGGUUCCGGUGUCCUCUCUUCCGAGAAUACCUAAUGAGCAGUGGGCCAGUCUCAGUUUCCAAGAAAAGUGUGUCCCACGUGCUGAGCAAGGAAGGAGGUGGAAACAUUUCAGUCAUUGUCCUUGGGGGUGCAGCGGAGUCAUUAGAUGCCCAUCCCGGGAAGUUCACUCUGUUCAUACGCCAGCGGAAAGGAUUUGUGAAAAUUGCUUUGACCCACGGUGCCCAUUUGGUUCCAGUGUUUUCUUUUGGUGAAAAUGAACUAUUUAAACAAGUGAGCAACCCCGAAGGCUCGUUGCUUCGAACCAUGCAGGAUAAAUUCCAGGAGAUCAUGGGGUUUACUUUGCCUCUGUUCCACGCCAGAGGGAUUUUUCAGUACAAUUUUGGCCUAAUGCCCUACAGGAAACCUAUUCACACUGUUGUUGGCCAUCCAAUCCCUGUCUGCCAGACUCUGCACCCAACCUCGGAGCAGAUCGAGGAGCUGCAUCAGACCUACAUGGAGGAGCUGAGGAAGCUGUUCGAGGAGCACAAGGGGAAGUAUGGUAUUCCAGAGCACGAGACUGUCGUUUUUAGAUAACUGUCCUCUCAGAAGGCGUUCAGGAGGACGAGAGGACAUCCCAGUGCGAGAAUACAUACUUUAAAUGAGCUUAUUUUUUCCCCCUGGCUAUGGAAUCAAAUUUGCAACUGAGAAGUAUAAUUUAUAGUGGCAGAUGUUGAUGCGUAUCUGUGUUAAAUAAGAACGCAGCGUGUGACGGGAGGAUCGGGUUGGAGACCACUGCGCGUCUUUCAAUCCUCUUCCUCACUGAGGAAGGUGAAAUCACUUUACAGGUUCAAAAAUGGUUUAGAAUUUUGCCCUCAAAAAACAUGACAGCUUCAAAAAAUAAUUAGACCCUUUUGCUAAAUAGCUCAAGAAUUUCAGGUGGUGUUUUCACCAAGCGUGUUAGCUGUUGCUCAGCACCGCUGGAACAUGUAGGAGGUAGUGUGUAAAAUAAUCUGCCAUACAGAGCUAGAACAGGUAAUGUAUUUAUUUUUUUUCACUUGAACAGACCAUUUUAUUAGUGAAUGAUGUUACUUUUAAGACUUAGAUUAUUUGAGCCAUUAGAUCAUUUGAUCCACUAGAUCAUGUCAACCAACACAUUUUUAUAGAAUGGGGCAGAAUUUUUAUGCAGUUUUCAAAGUAGGAUGAAUCUACCAUAUGGAAUCCCAUGUGGUUUAGAGCAUGACUCCUCAUUUCUAUUCGUGCUUAGAAAUAAUCAUGCUUGUCAUCUGCUUAGGAAUAUGUUCGUUGGCUAUAGACAAGGAGGAAGACAUACUUUUGCACAUGUUUUAGGACACUGAAAUGGCAAAAGGUUUUUAUGGUAACAGAAAAUGGUUUUAAUUUCCUUCCCCAAUGUCCUCUUUGAAUAAGAGAAGCUAUGAAAGAGAGCACCCCCUCUGGUGAGCUCUGUCCAGUUCUCAGCUAACGUGGGCUAUGUGAGUUUCCCCGGAACUGCGUGCCAGGUCUGUGAGAGCAGAGACCCUGUCCCUUCUGUGCCCUGAAGUCUCCCUGUGCCUGGGUCAGCUCAUGACACUUAGUUGGCACAAAAUAAGUACAUGAUUAAAUGAACAUAUUUACAGAGGAACACGCAAGCUUUGCUGUAGGUGAAGAAUUUUUAAAGCUCUGCCAUACAAGGAAACCUGGAAGAAGACAAGGCCCACUUUCAGAAGGGAUAACUGGCUAGAUCCGAUUGUCCCACGCCAGUGAUUGACAGUACUGCAGGCUGGCUUGUAAGGAACAAGUCAGAGGGACAUUUCUAAUAAUUAGUCAUUGAGCAUUAAAUAUUUAUUCGGUAAGUAAGAAAAAUGUCUAGUUUCCAAACAACCUCCAUUGCUGGGUGUUGCUUCUGUACCUCCUCCACUCUAGGUAUUGGAGGGUACGUCACUAAGUUGUUCUCACUUUUUGGUAAUAUGUCUGUCGGCCUUUAGUUUUUUAAAACAUCAAGCUCUGGUCUAGAGCCAGAAUUGGGUUCCACAAGAGCAGAGUGAAACCGUGCUGAGUAAUGCCUUGAGUAGGAAAGCGCCUCACACAGGAGAAAGGGAGCCUUCUCGAUUGUUCUUCAUAAAGUUUUGUGGCCAAGAUCCUGUUGCCUUUACAUUGUUUGAGCAAUUCAGGAGUCCACUGACCGUGGCCUUGAAGUUAAAUCAAUUUUUUUUUUUUUUUGGCAGAAAGCAGGGAAUAAGACACACUUGCUUUACUAGAUGUAGGAAAUUCGACUAUAAAUUAUUUUUACUCAAUACAUACAUACAUACAUACAUACAUACAUAUUCAUAGGUCUACAUAUAUAGAAAAGGAGCACCAUUUACAUAAAAUGACACUCCAGCUAGUCAGAGUUCAGGCUCUCAGAAUGUAACUGUGAGGUCCAAAUAACCACAACCAAAGGCCUUUCAGUUAUUAUAAAGCACACGAAUUUCCUUCCUUCAGCGUUUAUUAAAAGCUUAUGAGACAUAGUGUUUUACAGUUUCACAAAGGUAUGGCUUUUACCCUCAUGGUCGGGAGUGAGAGGACCAAGCUGCCCACCCAGCAUCAGCUGGAUUGCUUAGUAAACAGUUAUAGCCCAGGUGCAGUAAAACAGAGGCAUUGAAGAAUGCGAGAAGUUCUGCUGUGAUGAAUUUACCUAGAAUUCUGCCAUUUAAAAAAUCUAGACAUCAGUAGCUUUAAUUUUGGCAUAUGCAAAAUUCUACUGUUAGGUGCAUAUAUUAGGGAGUUCAUCUCUUCUUCUCUCGGGGUCUCCAGAGGGCUUAAUCCUGCCGGGCCAGAAGUCGUCUCAUAAACUGAAAGCACAGCUGCAAGUUCCACAGAGCCCUACAAAUUGCAAAUGAAUUUUUGAUUUGAAUUUUUGCUGCAGUGCCCAUGUAGGUCGUGUAUGGUAUCCACACGUGUGGUUUGAUGGGGAUCUCUGUUUAAAGGUUCUCAUCUGCUAUACACUUGCACCUAAAAUUGAAGCAGCAAAGCAAAACAAUAAACAGCAACAGCAAUAACCCCAGAACACUGGAAGAGACACAGGGAUAAUUGCCUUGAGAAAAUGGGCAUUUAUCCUGUUUGAUUUGGACAGUUCUUUUUCCUGUUUCCCUUGCAUACUGGGUGCAGGCUGUCAUUUCCUGUGUCUGGCGUCUGGAAGUAUCGAAGUGGUCUGUGUCUGGCUAAGUUCGUUUCGCGCACAUUGCAGGUUGCAGCCUCAGGGCUCAGGAAGGCCAGCCAGUUUUGCUCUGUCCCAUGGGGAACCAGGGUAAGGGUUGCUGUAUGAUUUCUAAAAACCCUUCACUGUGAAAAUAUUCAAAAUGUAUAUACUUCAGGGAUGGUGGGCGGGCCUUUAUUGUAUGCAGAGGGUUAAAAGUGAAAUCGCCAUUGUUAGUAGAAGAUACAUUUCUGUCAUGGGAAGCACAGGGCGUGGAAUCUAGACGUGAUGCCCGUACUUUUGUAACUUGAUGUCUCUUCCAGACUACCUCUUCCUCUGACAAGAAACAAUGUUGAUGGAAUUCACUGACUGGAUUUUCCUGCCAGUAGUCCAGGAUUGCUAGCUCUCCUCUUCUGUGUUUUAUACUAAGUGACAAAAUGUCUAUUUGCGGUGCUGGGAGAACUCCUUCAAGUAAAAUUUAUACAUCUUUUUUAAAAAAGGAAAACAAGGCAGCUUUGAAAUAACCAACUAGUUGCUCCAGUUUCUUUAGGAAGCAGCUGUUUGUAUUAACAACAAUAGGAUUUCUCUAAUACUUUAUAUUUUGAUUUUUGACAUGAAUCCUCCCCAAAUACCUUCAGCUUGGUGCCUUAAUAUCGUACGUGAGGAGGUUUUCCCCACUCCACAGCCAACCCAUGGGACAAUGAGUUCCUCGGUAGCAGGGCCUGGCUUGUGCACAUUUUGAUCUGGGCUCUGGAGCAAUCUCUCAAUGGACACUCAUGCCACUGACCUGGCCACUUGAUGGAUCAUGUCACAGAAGCCAAAUUUCAGAGCCAGAAGGGACCUUCUAGUCUGUCUAGUUACGCCUUUUUCUGAGGAAGUGGUUGAAUCCCAGUGAAGCUGAAUGCAGAUGGGAACCGACUCCGUGUCCAUAUCCCUCUGCUCUGGACUGAGCUGCACAUGCUUCUGUUUCAUGAUUAUUAAACCCAGGAAUUUCCCUAUAAAACAAAAGUAUGCAGAAAGUAGAGUAUAAUUUAAAAUACACCUAAAGCAAGGGACUUAACAACUCUCAAGCAAGCUCUGUCUUACUGGGACUGAGAACAGUUUUCUGUUUUGAGACCAGUACACCGCAUUGUUGAUUUUCCCCUUUUGCAAGAGCUAUUUUGGUGAUGUAUCGUGGGUCAAGUCCAAGUUUUCAACACCAGGCUUAGCCACAAGAGCAUUUUGUAUUAGAGCAGCAGGACCAGGCGAGGUGCCUGUGCUCAGGACGGCGACGGACCUUGCAAAGGAUCUUCCCUCUCAGCCACGUUGAUCAUGAACUCAAAGCAACCUGGUUAUUCAGACAAAGGUGCACGUGGAGGUUCUUCCACAUUGUUGACAGCCUCAAGCUCCGAGUGCAUCCUGGCUCCAGUCUCAUCCAGCUGGGUUGCCACAGCUUUUUUUUUGUUUUUUUUUUUUUAACAUAGUAUUUAUUUUUAUAGCCCUUAGAUUCUGGUUAAGAAUUAUCUUAGGCUCUCUUGAUAAUUCAGAGAUAAACCUGACCCUCCUUGUAUUCCCAGGGCUGUGUAAUUCUCGCCAACUCUACUUCCAGAACCAAUGUGGAGCCUAGGGCUUUCCGGUUGGAUUCUCAGCCCUGCAGUGUUGGGGGGCAGUCAUGGCAAGACCACCAGAGAACCUAGGGGUCCCACUCUUCUACUCUCCAGGCUUCUGUUUCAAAUAAUCCUUUAGCAUCUGGUCUUCCACUCACAGGCUGAGGGACCUGGACUUAGUUCCUUCCUCUGUACGUCAAGUUAGGAGUGAAUGGUCAAGGUCCCUUCUGGUUCUAUUUUUAUGGUUUCUGCUGACUUUUCUCCUGCCAUUGUAAUGACAUCUAGCUAGAGAUGUAGGGAUGUCUUGAUUUUUUUUUUUCCUGCAAGACAUGCAGUGAGUCCAAAAGAAUGCCUUCCUCUCUUGGGGUAUAGUAAACAAAAAUUGCUACUGAAAUUUCUCCCACAUUACUGUGACCUUCAGUCCUGGUGUUUAUAGGGAAUAAUUUAAUUCUCUAAGUAAAAAGAGUAGAAACUGAUCUACAAGGAUUCCUCCUUUAGAGCAUUCAGAACUAUGAAAUAAUAGAUAAUCACUUGUUAAAAUCUUUACAGGAGAUGGUGAAUUUUUACAUUUUCUAUAUUGUCAUGUGUUGCUGUGUGCUUUUUAAGAGUUCUCGGUUUGUAAAGUUUUGACCAAUAAAUGUGUUUUAUGGCCGAGGUAAAAAAAAAAAAAA